AUGGCUGUAUAUUAUGAUUGGGGAAUCACCCUAUUACAGAUGACACCUACUAACUAUGAUGAAGUAAUGGAGAAAUUCAACCACAUUUUGGAACAUGAUCGUUCUCCAUUUAAUCGAUAUAGAUGUUACGAACAGUAUGGGAUGUGUAAAAUUCGUAUGAAUGAGUCGCAAGAUUUCGACCAAACAUCGAGAGAAAAAUAUCGUAACGAUGCUGUGGAAAUGUUUCGAAGAGCAAUACGAUGCUGGGCAUAUUGUCAAAAAAUAAAGAUUAGCAAACAUUUUGAUGAUGCUGAGGCAAAUUGUACUUCUUUGAAAUCAAUUCGCGAAAUUAUUUUGGGAGAAGAUUCAGAGCAUAGAACAAAACCAAAGAAGGAUAUGGCAAGUCUGUAUUACUUGGUGAAAAAGUAUGGCUUUUCUCUAAGCCUUUAUCAGGAAGUCCAUGACGAGCUCAAACGUACCUCUUAUACUGACACUGACAAUGAGGUUAUUCAAGGUAUCAUCAACAAUCAUAUACAGCUUCAACAAUUCACUGGUGUCCUCGAUCUGCUGGCUCUACUGCUGUGUUCGAAAGAAGGACUUAAAUGCCUCGAGUUCAAAACUGAAGUACUGACACAGAUGAUGCACCAUUCAAUUGAUACAAAUGAUUACAACCUAGCAGAAUCAGUUUUUAAUUUUGAAAAAGAUCCAAAUGAAGAAUGUGAUAGCGAUGUUGCAAUAAUUUUCAACGAAUACGAUCAAGUUACUAAAAAGACAGGAGCCACUCUGCAGAAUUGGUUGUGUGAUUUCAGCAAGUCUGGUCUGAAGAUGAUAAAAAGUUCUGAGACAGCAGCAAAUCUGCCCGGAAUACAAGAACAGAUCAAACUUAUCCAAUUAUCAUCAAUGAAGGAAUGGUUCCUGAUAUUUUUCAGAAUUCCAAUUCUAUGA